AGGGCAGUUUCUGAUUGGAAGGAAGCAGGAAUGCGUAAAAACUGAGGAAGGACUCAGAAGUUUCCAUUGAUUUGGUUUCCAGGGUUUCAAAAUGAGGUUACCUUCAAAGCGUUUAAAAUGAGCAAGAUGUAAUGAUGUUGGUAGUGAUUCUGAAAAUGAACAACUGAUGAUGGUGUGACAAAAUGGGGAAGAGGAAGAUGCAAGUCUUGUAGAGGCAGGCAUAUAGACGAAUGUGUUCUUCAUCAAAUGGACACUUAAGUCCUGAGUGCAGACAAUAAUUUUGUUGAGGAAGCAAAACCUCUGAGAAGGUACCAAUUUUAGCAGAAUCGGUGACAAUUGGCAGGAAGAGUCCCGGGCAUUGGUUUCCGAUGAACUCGAUGCACUCCUAAGUAAUAUCAUUUCUGAUUUUGGCACAGGCUUUGGUGUCAUAAACUCCAAGUAGUUUGCUAUAAGUUCUGCUAGGUUGAGGAGCAGUCCUCCAAGUCCAUGUAAAGCUUGUUACUGGAUCCAAAUUCACAGUCGGGAGGUGCAGGUUCAUUAGCAAAUAUGUGGGUUUGUGAUUCUGCAAAAGUCGAAAAUCCAGUUGAGCGCUAAAAGAUAUGCUUCUGGUUCUGCUGAUAUGAUGGUGAAGCAAUUGAAGAAGGGGACACUGACGAUAAUGCUCUCAUGGUGUUGAUUUUAAGAUUGCUUCUAAUGGUGAAAGGCAAUAGGAAAAGGAGCGUGGGAGAGAAGGUACCAAUAGUCAUGUUUUGCCUCCUGCAGAGCUAUGAAGUCCCACCAAGCAAAGCAGGAAACAAGACAAGCAGGGGUAGCGCCCUUAAAGUGAAAGCAUAAAAUAAUCUUUCCUUGGGUUGGUAGUACCAUGCAAGCAGCAGAAUCAGGGAACCCUUUCAUGGGGAGACAUCAAACUCAUGGCAACUUUGAACACUAAACACUCAAAAAGACAAGCAGGAAAAGCAAGGCAAUAUCUUAUCAUUCUUGGAAAGAGUUGACUUGGGCAAAAUGAAGUUUCUGCUUCUUCCUAGCCAUAUUCUUAACUAGAUUGCAUUCUUUCUCUUGGUUGGACAAUAUUUGCAAUUCAUAUUCAUCCACAAUUUUUGUGUUUUAAUGGGAAAUCCAAACUCCAAAGUAGCCUACUUGCCUCUGGAUUUCCACCUUCCUUUGCAAGGAUGCAGUUUGAAAGAGCUUUUGUAAAUAACCUCCUUUAUGAAUAUACAAGAGAUUUCAGA